GUUUUUAUUUCUUCAAAUGCUACGAAAAGACAGUUCUUACAGAGAAAUAUCCUUAACGGACUCCAUUGAGCAGAAAUCAUUUUUAAACUUAGCCAGAAAACCCUCCAAUGCUGAUUUUAAAGGAAAGACACCCUUAGGUGCCAAAAGCAAAGAUAAUAAGGAGAAUUCUUCUGCAAGAAUUCAUUCUGAUACACCUCCAUAAGACUUUUUUUUUAAAAGAGAUGCCAUCAAAUCAGAGAAAUAACUACCCAAUGAGAAAAUAGCAAUCUAUAAUGAUGCAUCAAGAUUUUAAUCAUCCAAAACGUAUAUGGAAUGCAGGAUGGAAUAAAUAGAAUAGCGUAGAAAAACCUAAAGUCCAUAGUUAUUGUCCAUGACUCCAGUUCAGAAUAAAUAAAUCAUUCAAGAAAGUUAUAAUCAUCUCCAAUAACCAUAAUAACAAUCAGUCUAAAGUUCAGUCAAUUUAACUAGAAAGGCUUCAGUCGUUCCUUCAAGAGGUUUGUCUACCUUAUCUUCCCCAACUCCUAAAGAAGGAGAUUUCAAUAUUUAUAAACAGUAGAGCAGCAUACCAGCAUCAUAUUUAGAUUCAGUUGUUACAAAUAGAAAUAAUAAAAAUUACACUGUUCCAGAGCAGUAAUCAUAGUAAUAACCACAAUAACAUUAACAAUAAUAAUAAUAAUAAUAAUAAUAAUAAUAAUAAUAAUAAUAGCAACAACAACAACAAUAAUAAGAAUAUAAAAGUCCCUCUCUAAAAUUAUACUACAUUACUUCGCUUAUUAAAGCGUUUAAAAUGAAAGGCCCAAAUUCAGCAAAAGAACAUCUCAUUCAUAAUAUGCAGGUAAAAUUUGAUCACACAAUUUAAGGGAAUCAUAAUUGCUAAGAAGCUUAAAGUUCCCCCAGUUAAGAAAGCUAUAACAUUACCAGUGACUGACAAAAAAACUUUGUUGUUUGAUCUUGAUGAAACUUUAGUGCAUUGUAACUCAAAUAGUUUUAUACCUGGAGAUGUUUUACUCAAUAUAAAUCACGAAGGAGAGAAGAUGGAAGUAUAGAAACAAUAUAAAAAAAAUAUAGGCUUCAUUGAAUAUUAGACCUUAUACCUCUCAUUUACUUUAGUCGUUAAGUAGAAAUUUCGAAUUGAUUGUAUUUACUGCUUCUCAAUCACAUUAUGCUAAUGCAGUGAUAGAUUAUUUGGAUCCAUAAAAAAAGUGGAUAAGUCACAGAUUCUAUAGAGAACAUUGCAUACCUACAGAUGACGGACAUUUCAUUAAGGAUCUUCGUAUUUUUACAACAAGAAAACUUAGUGAUAUGUUGUUAAUUGACAAUGCUCCUCAUUCUUAUCUUUACUAAAUCUAAAAUGGAGUACCUAUCAUACCUUACAUCGACAAUAAAUCUGAUGAAGUAUGUAUUUUAAUUAAUCAAUUAGGAAUUGAAAUCUUUAUUGUAAUAUUUGAUGUAAUUUAAGAAUGUUAAGGAUGUGAGAGAAUUGAAUAUGUAGCAAAUGAAAUUGCAUCGUUUUUCAGAAUAUGAUGACCCUCAAGAACUAUUAAAAUGUGAAUUUAAUGAAUACUAAUUAUAAUCCGUUUUAUUAUGAU